UAUUGGGGCAAGCUGGUGAAUCAGCGCUGGAUGCGAGGAGACACGAUCAGCUGCUGCCAGCCCUCUCUCAGACCCAAGAAUCGUCCAAUCAAGAUGAGUUUGGAGAUUGAUGACAAGCGUGCAUGCACACGGUCCAAGGGAGGAAGAACCCCCACUGAGAUUAUGGUCCAGGAGCUGAGCUGCCCCACUCCAGGAUGCAAUGGUUCUGGUCAUAUCAGUGGCAAAUAUUCACGGCACAGAAGUCCAAUGAGUUGCCCCAUAGCCAGAAAAAGGAGGCUACAGGAGGAGUCAGAGGAGAAUCACUUGCCCUCCAAGAGGAAGUCCCACCCACUGAAGUUGGCAAUGGAUGGGUGCUUUAAUGCAGAGAGUGAGGGGAGCAGUGAGGAGAUGGAGGUGAGGGAAGAGGAUGAGGAAGAAGAGAGUGAAAUGCAUCAGCAGUAUGGCAAUGAAGGAUGCACAGGGGAAGAAGAGCAGGAAGUGAAGCGCAGCAGCACCAAUGAAGGAGAAGCAGGUGAUGGAGAGGAGUGCAUGAUCAUUGAGGCAUCGUGCACAAAGAAGGCUAAAUCAGUUGAAACGAAUGAUCUUUCCAACUAUGAGCACAUAGUAGCCAACUCUCUACUGCACCUCAGCAGCCAAAAUAACUAUACCACAGCUCCACAACAACAACAACAACAACGGCAACAGUGUGUAGCAAUAGAGGCAAAGGGGAAUAGUUCAACUAGAACAGAAGAGAAGGAAAAUAAUGAAGGAAAGCAAGAUGGAAAGAAAGAUGAAAGCCAAACAACAGCUCAAACAUCCACAAUGAAUGGAAUAAAUGAGAAAACAGAGGACGAGAUGGUGAAAGAGGAAGAGAAUGGAAAACAGGAAGAGUCAGACCACCAGUACUUCACAGACGAGACCAGUAAUCAGCUUCCAGAGGAUGACACGAAGCAACAGGUAGAGCAAACCUGCAAGGAGGAGUAUGACAGAGAUGAAGAUAUGAAAGAUGAAAAGUUGGAACUGUAUGACCUCUCUGACCCCUCUGUUAAAGUUGUAACUCAGGGCUCCCAAAAGGAGAACUACAAUACCUGCAAACCCCUAUCACCACAGAGCUGCAUGUCCAGCCAGGCCUCAGCAGCUCCCAUGAUCAUCGAGGUGCGGUCUGAGGAAUCAGAGAAAGAUGAUGAACAUGGGAAUGAUGAAGAGGAGGAGCAGUCAAUGAUGGCCGACCAGUCAGAGAUGUAUGACAUGAUGAGGGGGAACCUGAGGCUUUUAGAGCAGGCUAUUGCUCUCAAAGCCCAGCAGGUCAAAGCUAACCGGGAGUUCGCACUCAUCUCUGAACAUCAUCGAUACUUCCCUCUAGAAGAUCGACCCACCAAACACAUGGAAAUACUGCGCAAGAGUUACUACAGUAAAGAAAGUUCCAGGCCAGAGAAGAGAGAGGUCAAGUGCCCCACCCCAGGGUGUGAUGGCACAGGUCAUGUGACCGGACUGUACCCUCACCACCGCAGUUUGUCUGGCUGUCCUCACAAAGACAGGAUCCCCCCAGAGAUCCUAGCUAUGCAUGAGAAUGUUCUGAAGUGCCCUACGCCUGGCUGCACAGGACAAGGCCACGUCAACAGUAACCGCAACACACACCGCAGUUUGUCUGGAUGUCCAAUUGCCGCUGCUGAGAAGCUGUCCAAGAGCCACGACAAGCAACAGCUGUUGCAGCCAUUGACAGAGCAGCCCAAAGGCAGCCCGACCCCAGAGACAGCUCUGAGACCCAUGUGUUUUGUGAAGCAGAUCGAGAUGCCACAGUGUGGCAGCUAUAGGGCCGCCAACACAGUUCCCAACACACCCCGUGCUAACCUGGCUAAAGAGCUGGAGAAGUACUCUAAGGUCUCUUUUGAUUAUGCAAGCUUUGACGUGCAGGUGUUCGGCAAGCGUGUGCUUGCCCCACAAAUACACCCUAGUGAAAGCUCACCCAAAGCUUUCAAAUCCAAACCUCCAUUCCCCAGGACGUCUCCUCCUAGUCCCAGCAUGCAAAGCACCUAUGGAAAGAGCUCAUGUGGAGCUCAUGAUUACUCCCGUGAUGCUGAGGCUGCACACAUGGCUGCCACAGCCAUUCUAAACCUUUCUACUCGGUGCUGGGAAAGGCCCGAGAACCUCAGCACCAAACACCAGGAUAAGAGCAUGGAGAUCGAAGUGGAUGAGAACGGCACUCUCGACUUAAGUAUGAAGAAGCCCAUAAAGAAAGAGGGAGGCCCAUUGAGCACAAGCCCAGGCAUGCGCUCCCCUGCCCUCUCUUCAUCAUCCUCAUCAUCUGGGCACCAUGGCAACACGACCAUCUCACCCCACAUACAGGCCUACAAGCAGGAGGAGUGGGAGGGGCCUCUGGAUUACACCAAACCUAAUCGGCAAAGGGAGGAGGAGCUAGAGGAGAUGGAUCAUACAUCCCAGUCUUUUGUCUCUUCUGAUGCUGAGGACUGUGAUAUGACACAGGAGUGCUCAGAAGACAGGAAGUAUCCUGGAGAAGUCACAACUCCCAGCUUCAAAGUCAAGUUCCAGCCUAGGGAGUGCAAGAAAGAGCUCCUAAUGUGUCCCACUCCGGGCUGUGAUGGCAGUGGACACAUCACUGGAAACUAUGCAUCACAUCGCAGUCUGUCUGGGUGCCCUCUUGCUGAUAAGAGUCUUCGCUCCCUAAUGGCAGCACAUGCAACUGAACUCAAGUGCCCAACCCCAGGAUGUGAUGGUUCUGGCCACAUCACUGGUAACUACGCCUCACACCGAAGUUUGUCUGGGUGUCCUCGUGCCAAGAAAGGUGGAAUCAAAACAACACCUACCAAGGAAGACAAAGAAGACUCCGAACUCUUAAAGUGCCCAGUACCAGGCUGUGACAGUCUGGGUCAUAUCAGUGGAAAGUAUGCCACCCACCGCAGUGCAUAUGGGUGCCCGCUGGCUGCACGGCGCCAGAAGGAAGGCAUGCUGAAUGGUAUACCUUUCUCCUGGAAGGCCUUCAAGACAGAGGGGCCCACUUGCCCCACACCAGGCUGUGAUGGAUCAGGCCAUGCCAAUGGCAGCUUCCUUACUCAUCGCAGUCUCUCCGGCUGUCCCCGUGCCUCACUGGCUAAAAAGAAAGCCAAGUUUCCUGGGGAGGACUACAUAAAUACCAAGUUUAAGGCCAGCGAUGUGCUAGAUAAUGAUGAAGACAUUAAGCAACUCAAUAAAGAAAUCAGUGACCUCAGUGAGUCCAACAGUGAAAUGGAAGCCGACAUGGUCAACCUCCAAACACAGAUCUCAUCCAUGGAGAGAAACCUGAAAAGUAUUGAGCAGGAGAAUAAGAUCAUCGAGGAGCAAAAUGAAGCACUGUUUAUGGAGCUGUCAGGACUUAGUAAAGCUCUGAUACACAGUCUGGCCAAUAUCCGUCUGCCCCAUAUGCAGGAACCAAUCACAGAACAGAAUUUUGAAAACUAUGUGAGUACACUGACUGACAUGUACACCAAUAAAGACUGCUACCAGAACCCCGAGAACAAGGCCCUGCUGGAGUCCAUCAACCAGGCAGUGAAAGGCAUUAAGGUGUGACCUGAGGCAUCACCCACUAGAGGCAUAGAAGAGAAAUGAUGUGUGUAGAAGCAAAGAAAGUACAUGCAAAUGGUACACACACACACACACACACACACACACACACACACAAAAUGGGCA